AUGUCAACGCAAACACCAUCACGCAUCGCAGUCAUACUGGGCACGUCCUCAGGACUGCAACUGCCAAUGACCGAGCCGGUAUCUCACUCAGAACGCGAAGAGCUGCCGAACCUGGUAACCUCAGAUAUCUACCCACCACGACUUAGUUCGAGGCCAGAUGCACUUUGGAACCUUCACACGCCCUCUCAUGGAACGUUAGCCUCAGUCACUCAGGACGUAACGCCUACUGGCUCUCGCGCACGGCCGUCAGCAACUCACCCGCCGCGACCGCCGGCAACUGACCAGCCUCGAAAGCGUGGCCGCCCUGUGGGCUGGAGACUCGGCGCGGGGCCAUACUCGGCCAAGACGAGUGUCGCUGGCAACUCUUCCAUCCCGCCCCGAAAGAAACCGGUUCAAGCAGGUCCAGCAGCAACACCCAAGCGCAAGGGCCGGCCACCCAAGCAGCGGCGGGCUCCUCGAGCCAUUUACGACCAGCUCCGGCCUGAGUACAUGCCCUUCCUCUGCGAGUGGGAGGGCUGCCCGGCGGAGCUGCAGAACCUCCAGACUCUGCGCAAACACGUCCUUGCUGUCCACGGGCGAAGUGACGCCUGCCGAUGGGGCAAAUGCGGCCACAACUUACGGCCACAGAACUUCCCAUCCCGUGAGGAGCUUCAAAGGCACGUCGAGGCCGCCCAUUUUGUGCCUCUUGCAUGGCAUGUGGGCGAUGGACCGCUGAACACCAACCCGGACGCCGACGUAACACGGUCCAUGGGCAACCGAAAACAUUUACCAGAGUAUCUCUUUGACGAUGCAGGACAUCAGGUCACCCCGUCCAUUAUUCACCAGGAGUUUGAGAGCGAGGAUGAGCGAAAAUUCCGCCGGCGGCGACUACACAGACUUUUGCUUCAGCGGGAUCGAAACGCCCCGGAAGAGGAGCCAGGGUCUCCAGUCGAGGAGCAUACUAGCAUCUUUAGAAGAGUGUGA